CAGUGCGAGGGGAGCUCUUGCCCUGAAUGAAUCCAAGUAACCCCGGUGGUUGCCUUCUGAAAUGACCAGCAGACACACAACUGUACGGAGGCUACCCAAAGCGUAAACUCUGGUUCUAAUGUACCAUGUCCAGCCAAGGAAGCCCUGGUGAGGAGUUUUCUACGACAACAGUCAGUUCAGUAGCUGUGCAGGCUGGGGACUCCAAAAUCGUUAUAGCCAUCAUAAAGUGUGGCAAGUGGGUACAACUUCAAUUGGCUGAAUCACAGCCCAAUCUUCUGGAAAUUGGAAGCAAUCAAGAUGAAACCAAAAAACUUCUUCAUGAUCAUGAACUUCUUUUGGCCAAGCUUAAGGCUUUGGAAGACCGAGUAUGGGAACUCCUGCAGGAAGCAGACAAGACGGCUCAAGAGAACAAGGAUCAGAGCCAGGUCUAUGAUGCCAUGGCCAAAACUCUGGGUGAAGCGUGGGCAGCCCUGGUCUCCAUGCUUGAGAGAAGGAGGGAGCUUCUCAGGUUGACCUCUGAAUUUUUUGAAAAUGCCUUGGAGUUUGCCAUUAAAAUAGACCAAACAGAAGAUUUCCUCCAGAACACUCAGGAGUUUGAGAGUGCCGAGUCCUUGAAAUCACUCCUUCAGCUUCAUGAACAUCAUACCAAAGAACUCUUAGAACGAUCUCUAGCCCUUUUAAACAAAAGUCAACAACUCACUGACUUCAUAGAAAAAAUCAAGUGUGAUGGACCUAUUGUGAAUCCCGAGAUGAUUCAGGGAGCUCAAAACAGCUGCCUGAAGAUUGACAGUCUUCUUGAACUUCUCCAAGACAGGAGACGGCAAUUAGACCAGUACCUGAAGCAACAGCAGCAGGAAUUGAGUCAGGUUCUGCAGAUAUGUCAGUGGGACCAACAAGAAAGUCAGGUUACUUGUUGGUUUCAGAAAACCAUAAGAGAUUUACAGGAACAAAGUCUAGGUUCAUCACUUUCAGACAAUGAGGAACUAAUUCGUAAGCAUGAGGAACUGAUAAUAAAAGCAAAGGAAUGGAAUUCCGCAGUGGAGAAGCUGAAGCGUGAGGCACUGGGGAUUCUGCUGUCCAAGGAGUAUGUGGAGAAAGAACACCUACAGCUGUCUAACCAGAAACUGAAUUGGCUUCAAGAGGAAUUUGGUCGGCUCAUGGUGGAAAGGAAAACCUGGUUAAAAAAGGCAAAUGAUUUUUUUAACAGCGCGAACAAGGCAUUUGAUGUACUUGGAAGAGUUGAAGCUUACCUUAAGCUCCUUAAAUCAGAGGGUUUAAGUCUGCCUGUCUUGGCAGCGAGGCAUGAGGAAUUACACAGAGAAAUUAAAGACUGCACAGCUGAUGCUUUGCAGGAGGGACAAGCCUUAAUCAACCAACUAGCCUCCUGCAGCUCUCGGGUGACCGGUGUCCGUGAGAUGAUGGAAUGCAUCAAGAGGCGAGUUGAUCAUCUGACUGAACAGUGUUCAGCGCACAGGGAAUUUGCUCUUAAUAGACAGCAAUUAACAGCCUCAGUGGAGGGCUAUUUAAGAAAGGUGGAAAUGUCCAUUCAGAAAAUCAGCCCAGUAAUUUCUAAUGCAAUGGAUGUCGGUUCCAGCCUUUCUGAAUCAGAGAAGAUUUUGAGUACAUAUCUGGAACUAGAUAAACAAGCUAAGGAGACAUCACAUGAAUCAGAAGCAGCUGCAAAACUCUUGACAGAGAAAAAUGAUUUUGAACCUGAUGAAGUGGCAUCGCUUUCUUCUAAAGCUAAGUGGCUAGAGGAAGAAUUAAACAUACUUGGCCAAAGCCUCAGCUCCAGGUCACAAGUCCUGCAAACUUAUGUGGCAUUUCUAAAGUCAUCAGAGGAGGUAGAGGAGCAAUGUCAGGGCCUAAGGGAGUUUUACCAAACUGAUAUCCUGCGAAAGGAAGAGGGUGUUGCUGAAGCUGAGCGUCUCUCUGACUCAGUGGAGAAGCAGUGGCAGCUGUUUUUAAAGAGGAGCUUUUUAACUCAAGACCUCGGGCUCAAGUUCCUUAAUUUAAUAAAUAUGGCAAAAGCAAAUGAAAUAUUAAAUGUGAAAAAUGAAGUACACAUUAUGGAGAACACUAUGGAAAGCCAGAAGGCAGAAAGGGAAGAGCUCAGCCGCCUUCGGAUAGCCUGGCAACUUAAAGCCGCUGCAAGCAAGCCCGUGAAACAGCGGUGGGGAGCGUUCAAAGAGCAACUUAGAAAGACUACUCACAACUUAAAACUUCUUCAGGAAGCACUUAUGCCUGUGUCUGCACUUGACCUUGGAGGGAGUCUCCAGACCAUUUUAGGUCUACAGAAAAAAUGGAAUGAAAUGAAACCUCAGUUCCAGCAACUGAAUGAUGAGGCUCAAUACAUUAUAAAAGAGUCAGAAGAGUUAAGUGGCAAAGGAGCCCCUGUGAAAGAGAAGUCUCAACAGCUGAAGGACCUAAUUCACCUCCAUCAAAACCAGAAAGAGAGAAUCCAAGAUUACGAGGAGAUCCUGUAUAAGAUUGUCCAGUUCCACCAAGUCAGAGAAGAGCUGGGACGACUCUUCAGAUCAAGAGAACUGGAGUUUCUACAACAGCCAAAGGAAAUGGUUGAUGCUCACGAUGCCCAGGUUCUCCUCAGUCGCUCUCGGGAAAAGCAGGCACACAUAGACCAUCUCCAUAAACUGGCUCUUUCCUUGGGGGUGGACAUCAUCGCGUCAGUUCAGCGGCCUAACUGCUCUAAUGUUUCUGCAAAGCACCUGCAGCAGCAGCUGGACAUCCUUGAGGGGGACAGUCUGAACUGGCGUGCCCAGGCUGAAGACCACGAGCGGGCCCUGACCCGCAGCCUGGAGUUCUGUACCGCAAGGGAUGAGAUGAGCGAGCUCAAAGAGUCAUUCAAAGACAUCAAAAAGAAAUUCAACAAUUUGAAGUUUAAUUACACUAAGAAAAAUGAAAAAGCUCGAAAUCUAAAAGCUCUGAAAUAUCAAAUUCAACAAGUAGAUAUGUAUGCUGAAAAAUUACAGGCUUUGAAAAGGAAAAUGGGAAAAGUUGAGAAUAAGACUUUUUUCUUAAAUUAUCCAAAUAAUAAAGUGAAUGUCCUUUCGGAAGCCAUGAGGGAUUUGCAGAAAUAUGUGGAUGAGUUUGACAAAGUUGUGACAGAUUACAGGAAGAAUUUGGACCUGACUGAGCAUCUCCAGGAGUUGAUAGAAGAGUGUCACUUUUGGUAUGAAGAUGCAAGUGCCACAGUUGUAAGAGUUAGAAAAUAUUCCACAGAGUGCAAGACCAAGGAAGCUGUGGAGAUUCUCCUUCAGCAGUUCAAAAAGUUUAUCACACCCUCAGUGCCUCAGCAAGAAGAAAGGAUUCAGGAAAUCAGUGACCUGGCUCAGCGCUUAUAUGGUUUUGAAGAAGGGCAGAAAUAUGCUGAGAAAAUAGUGGCCAAACAUAAAGAGGUUCUUGAAUCUGUUACUGAAUUAUGUAGCUCUCUCACAGAGCUUGAAGAAAAAAAGGAGCAGGCCAAGCCAGCGGACGACUUGGCGGUCAAUAGAGCAGGAGGGGGUCAGCUUCCACGGGAAGUGAAGCAGCUGGUCCCCGGCCCAGAGGGUGCUGUCCAAGGCCUGCUCCUGCCCGUGGAUGUGCUUUCAGGAGAAGAAUAUGACUGUGUCUCGCCCGAUGACGUCUCCCUGCCUCCGCUCCCAGGAAGCCCCAAUUCCCUCCUCGCUCCGUCUGACAUGGAGCUGGAGGCGCGUGCCCUCCCGUCCCUCCACCGGCACCUAAGCAGCCACGGGAUGCAGACAGGGACCAGCGGUCCAGGGGAGGCCCCGGAAUCUGGCCUUCCGCCACCUGCUGCUUUUGCUGAUGCUUGCGAUGAUAAGAGAGAAACAUUUUCGAGUCAUUUUGAGAAGCCUUCCCCCCAGUUCCAAGCUAAGCCCCCAUUAACAUCCCGAAGAUUUCCGGAAGAGAGUACUGACUUCCACAGAAUCAGUGUUAAACCUCCAGAGAGCAUGUGCGGUGAAGUGCAUGCGCGAGCUUUGCAACAGCACCCCCAGGCUCAGGGAAGUUUGCUAGAAACACCGGAGAAAACGCAUGCUGAUAAUAACGUCACUAAAACCCGACAUAGGCUGCAUGCUCCCCAGGAUGCAUGCUCGGGCCUCGGGUUUCAGCCAGGCCCCAGCCAGGCCUGUCAGAGGCAAAUGGUUCCCAGAGAAGAGAUUAAAGUUACCUCAGCAAAGAACAGCGUGGUCAGCCUAGCUGGCCAGGCCCCUAAUUUCUCCAGGCUCUUGUCUAAUGUAACUGUCAUGGAAGGUUCUCCAGUGACUUUGGAAGUUGAAGUAACAGGAUUUCCAGAGCCUACACUGACAUGGUACAAGAAGGGCCAGAAAUUGUCUGCAGAUGGGCACUUGCAGGUUUUACACAAGGAGACAAGACAUUCGGUGUUCAUUCCGAAGGUAUGCGAGGCAGAUGCGGGCCUCUAUGUGGCUCGGGCCCAAAACUCUAGUGGCGUUCUCUCUUCCAAUAUCAUCCUCCACGUGACAGGUAACCGCAGGCCGCCCAUCACCAGAAUAAACUGGAUCCUGCUGAGUGUCAUCUAUGUUAGCGUGUCCCUAAUGUACUGGCUACUCACACAGUAACUGCGCGGUUGGCACCGAUGGGCGUCAUUCUUAUGAGCCUAAAGGACAACAAUACUGCUGUUUAUUUUCCUGCAUCUCCCACCAACCAUCCCCAACCAAGUAUCCCCCACCCAGUGUACUUCCAUUCUGGCCGUAUUGCUUUUUUGGAAUACCACUGCUCGGUGAAAUAAUCCAAUUUUCUUUAGUGCUUUAAUGUAUUUGAAGAGCUCAGUAAAUCAUUAGCAGCGAAUAAGGAUACAUUUUGUAUUCUCAAAAGAGAUGUGUUCAGUAUAAAACACAGUCAAAUUAUACUCUGUUUAUUCCCUCCUAAUUUAAGAGCAUUCAGAUCAAGUCUCACAUCAGCAUGCAGAUGUGUUUUAUUUCAAAUCCAACUGUUUGAUAAUCUAUUUUUAAUUGUACGCAUAAACAUCUCUUUGUAGAAUAAGAGUAGAAAUGUUGAACUAAAAUUGUAAUUUUCAUUAUUGCAUAAGAUGUCCUUUAAUUUUGCUUUUCAUGUCUUGAUCUCAUUUAUUGAAAUACAUUCUAUGUAGUUUCAACAUAGCCUACAUUCCUGAGUCUGAGGAUGGCACUGCAAAUAAUCAUUCCUCCUGUUCAUCUCAUGGGUUUGACAUUGGAGAAUAGAUGUGCUGUUAGCCUUAAAUGGAGUUUGAAACCUCCAUCAGCUGUGUGUGUCACAGAGCAAGAUAGAGCAUAGCCGCAGAGGUGGACCAACAGUAUUCCUGUCCUUCCGUUGACAUGUUUUGGGCAGCCACGUGUAUACAGCUGCAACCGGCUUCUCCUGCUUCUAAUCUUGAUUCUGUUGCUGACCAUUUUUACAGCCUGUGGGAAGGCAUAGUAGUGCCUCAGUUUCCCAUUUGGCAAAUGGGUUCAUCAUCUACCUCUUGGGCAACUGAAGGUUUUCAUUUCAUGUCUUGUAAAGAUCUGGAAAAUGGAAAGUACUCUAUGAAGACUAAGGGUAAUUGUAUUGCUUACUGUAAUUUGUCAUCACACUGCCUUCUGCCCACUGUUUUCUUUCAGAUAUUGUUUCUUUUGAAUAUUAACUUAAAGGAUGGUGUUAGUAUGUGAUUUCCAACUAUUUCCAUAUAGGAAAAUGAUGUUUUCUGAAUUGGAGCUUAAAUUCCUUUCUAAUUUCUUAAGACUAUAUCUUUUUCAAAGACUUGAAAUUAAACUCAGGGGGAUACAUUUAGUAAGAUCUUGGGAGAGAAAAAGUAUAUAAUAGGAUGACAAGAUAAAUUCUAUCCUUUUCUUAUAAUUACCACUGUAAUAUUGAAGAAUGUUCUGUGCCUUUCUGAAAUAUAUUAUUCAGAAAAGAGGAUCAUCAUUUUAGUGCCUUUAAAAAAUAAACAUGUAUAAGAGAGGCAUUUGUUUUUAGAUUUUAAAUGUAGUCUUGUCAUGUUAGGGUAAAAUCUUUAGUUGAAAGAAUAUUCAUUAUAGAUUUUUGAUGAAGGGGAGGCAUUAAUUAUGUUGCUGUAAAGCCUGUCUACAAAUAAUAAAAAUAUUUAAAUUUAAUAUAUUCAAGUUGGUAUUAAAAAGUUACUGGAUAUUAACCAAAGAUGUGAAAUGUGUGGCUAAGUAAAAAGUUGGCAUAUAUUUUCUUGUGCUGUGUAUUCAAUUUAAUGAAAAAAUUUAAUCUCUUAAUUUUCUUAAAAAUUUUGACAGAAACCUAUUAAAAGCUUAUAUAUACAGCAUCCUAGGGAAUUCAUAGUCUCUUAAUUCUCCUGUCCUUUUCGUCCAGUUUCAAGUAUUGUGCAUAUCUUGCCAAAUUGCUAUUCCCAUUUGAAGCUAAAGAGUAAAACCUACUUAUGUCCAAAGAGGGCCAGCAGGACCAGGUAACAAAUUCUUGUCUCACUCUAUCUCUUUCUUGUUAAUUUAGUGGGAUCUCCCAUCCCUUUUUGUCAGCUUGGUUGAGUUUCUUUUAACAGGAGAAAAUCAAACAGAAGUUUAAUAGCAUGUGUACAUCAGAGAGACCCAGGAAAACUGAGUAACUCCAGCUUGGCUGAAUUUUUGGUUUGGGGUUGUUAGGGCCUGGGAAUUACUGGUUUGCUUUACCUGUUGCAUGCCAGUACAUGUUAAUCCUUUGGGGAGCAGGAUGGGAUAUACAUAUAUCCAUGGUGAUGACCAAAGAAGGCAUAUAAAGUCCCUGAUAUAUUUGAUUUCUAUAUCAAGCUUAAGGUUUAUACAUAUAUCUGAUAUAUAUAGCUUAUGUAUAUACCUUAUAUAUAUCAUAUAUUUGUAUACAUAUACACCUAGAGCUCAAAUGUUGGGAUAAAACAUUAUGCUGAUAUUCAUGUUAUAGUUCAGAUAGCUGUGUAUCUGUCUGUCUGUUUAUCUAUCUAUCAUCUAUCCAUCCAUCCACCCAUACAUUUACCUACCUACCCACUUACCUACCUACAUAUUCUUCUGGGCUAUUGACUAUCUAGUAAUCCCCACAGCAGUGAAGAAUAAUUAGCUAUUCACUUAUUCUUUUGGUUAUACUUUAAUUUCAGUGUGAUUAUCCUUUCUGUUAACAUUUUUGUCUUGAUCAAAAAUUCCCCCUAUGAAAGUAUGAACCAAAAGUAUUGGUUAAAAAUGAAAAACUUAGGAAAUGGACAUGAUGUUUCUAUUUUGAGAUAUAUACAUGAUUUAUACCUGUUUACUUCUAGAGUAAAUUCUGGACAGUUAGCAAUAUCAAAACACUUUUCAACAAGAAAAUGAAAAUGACCAAAAGAAAUUUUAAAGAAUAUAUACUCGAUACCUUGAAGGAAUGCAACACAAAAUGUGUUUUGAGCUUCCUAUAAGGCAAAAUUAUUUUUUCCAGUUUUUAUUUUCUGAUAAAAGGAUGUAUAAACAUUUGAUGGUAAAGUUUUUUUACAUUCAAUUCCAGGAGAAACUUACCAUAGGAAUCCUUACAUUUGAAUCUUUGCAUAUUCUAUAAUAUCUAAGGUAUUUGGAAAAAGAAGCAGGAAAAUUUAGCUGUUUCAUUCAAUAAUGCUAAUCAUCACUUAUAGUUAAGACACAGGCUUAAAGUAAAUUAUUGCAAGAACCUCCUAACCACUUCACCCUUAAAUUUCUUCAAGUAGCACACAAGGUCCUUAAUUACCUAUGCUUCCAUUCCCAGCCUCUGUUCCAUCCCUUCCAAUCCCCCCAUAAAGCGAUACUUAACUUCAGGUUUUACCCUGUCAUGAUCUUACUUCUCUCCAGCCCUCCUUCCCAGAACUCCCUUACUCUCUUCUACCCAACUUCAUGCGGCUUAACUCCUGCUUAUCCUUCCAGGUCCUUUGGAGACACAACCUUCCCAGGAAGCCUUCUGACCCAUCAAGUCCAGUGUAGAUGUUCCUGCUAUGUGCCCUGUCAGCACCUGAGCUGAUCAUGUCACGUCCCUUAAUAGUUGCAUUGGAAUCGCACAUGUGAGCAUCUGUCUCCUGGCUAGAGCGAGAGAUCCUUAUCAGCAGAAUCUGUGACAGCCCCGUUCGUCAUCAUACUCCCAGCACUUAAGACAUAGUCACACACUCAAUAUUUCUUGAAUUGUUGUCAGAGAGGACUGUACUGGUUGAAGUGUCAGGGUGAGCCCUAAAUCCACAACUGGUGUUCUUGUAAGAAGGCCAUGACAGACCUGGAGACACAGAAGAGACACAUGGGAAAAGGCCAAGUGAUGACAGAAGCAGGUUGGUGUAAUGCAGCUGCUGCAAGCCGUACAACACCAGAGGUGGCCACCACCAGAAGUGAGAGGAGCAAUGAAGCAUUCUUCCCUAGAGACUUCAGAGAGAGCCUGGUCCUACUGAUGCCUUCAUUUCGGACUUCUAGCCUUUAGAACUGAGAAAGAAGAAAUUUCUGUUGUUUUAAGCCAUCCAGUUUGUGGUAUAGUCCUCCUUCAGUAUCCCUGGGGGAUUGGUUCCAGGAUACCUCCUCCCCCCACAGAUACCAAAAUCCACCAGUGCUCAAAUCCCUUACAUAAAAUAGCAUGGUGCAGUGGGACCCUCCUUUAUCCACAGGUUCUGCAUCAGCAGCUACUGAAGACCGACUGUUCUUUGUUACAGCAGCCUGAGGAAACCAAUGCAAAAUGUUUUAGAAAAAUCCAUACACGUCUUUCUCUGGAAAAAAAAUUCCCAGAGACAUUCACUAAUAGACAGCAACCAGUGCUGCCAAUAAGCACUCCCAGGUUGUGCUGCAACGCCUCAGUUCUCUUCUUGAUUUAGGGGAUCAUCUUGGUAUAUUUCAGUCAAUCAGCAACUAUUCAUCUUCUACAUGAACAUUGUCCCCUAAGUAUACCACAGUGUACUAAAACCAGAUAAAGAUAUUAAAAUACAACUAUAGGCCAAUAUCACUCAUGAAUGUAGACACAAAAAUUCUCAACACAGUACUAACAAAUCCAAUCCAACAGUGAAUAAAUAAACUUACACAUACAAGUGGAAUUUUUUCCAGGUAUGCAGGCUGGUCCAAUAUUCAAAAAUCAAUCAAUCCACCAUAUCUACAGGCAAGAGAAGAAAAAUCGUAUGAUUAUAUCAAUUGCUUCAGGAAUGACAUUUGAGAAAAUUCAGUAUGUGUUCAUGAUAAUUUUUUAAAAACUUACAGAAAACUAGUAACAGAAGAAAUUUCCUCAACUUGAUAAAGAGCAUCUACAAAAAAACUAUAACUAACAUCAUACUUAAUGGUGAGAGACUGGACACUUUCACCCCAAGACUGGGAAGAAGGUAAGAAUGUCCUCUCUCAUCACUCUCAGUCCACAUUGUACUGGAAGUCCUACCUAGUGAAUAAGACAAGAAAAGGAAACAAAAGUUCUGUAGAUUGGAAAAGAAGAAAUAAAAUGCUUUUGUUUACAGAAAGCAUGAUUUUCUAUCUAUAAAAUCUCAAAGAAUCUUCCAAAAACUCUUAGAACUAAUAAAUAAAUAUAGCAAGUUCACCAAAAGCAGAAGGCCUGCACCAAUGGUAUCCAGGAGAAAGGCAGGGAGUUAGCAAUAAAAGAAUCAUGGUGAAUCAGGCAUCUUUUGAGGCCAAGGCAAAAGGUGGGCAACCUGAAUUUGUCUCUUUCCAACAAUUGAUUACAGACAUCAUGGAUACUUGUAAUCUAGUUGCAACAUCUCACACUUUAUUUUUCUUGCAGCUUCCUGCAUUAUUUUGGGGGGUUUUGAGAGAGGUAAAUUAUUAGAAGGAGACAGUGCUCAACAGAGCAAGGGAAUAUUUGAUGUGGAACAUAAACUUUAUCGUUUGCUGCCAUUGUCAUUAUCACUGAAAGAGAAAAAUUAGAAAGACAUUGUAAUUACAAUGUUGUAAAGCUGAGCUUUCCCCAACAAUAACAUAUUAAUAUUAGAACAAAAGGAGUCCUUUUAGCCUCUGACAUCAAAUCCCAGAGUGGAUGAUUUAUCAGUUGGUACUGUGCUGCACUACAAGAAUGAAUGUAUCUCCCGUGGAUAAGUGCUUUUCCUAUCAGCAAGGAUGGACUCAUGCUGCUAGUAUAUUUCUAAGGUUUCUUGAUAGAAAUCAGAGCUAAAAUAUGUCAGCCAUUAUAUUAUACUUUCAAAAGUAAUCGGUUUCAUAAAGUCAUAUAUUGGUCUAUUAAUUAAUUAAAAGAUGGAAAACAAAUGACUACUUUGGUACCUACAUCUAACAGGAAACUUCAAUGAAACUAAUCAUUUUGUAUUUUCUAGAUGGUAACUAUAAGUACUUUCUUCAUUUCCAUGUUCUUGAAGGUAAUUUUUGGUCAUAUAUAUCAUUUGUCUAAAACGUAAUUGGUGUUAUACAUUACCACUUAAAAGAAAACUAACUGACGUACCACAAAGGCCAAGUAUUAAACUUACAUUUUAUCAAAUGCGUUAUAAAUUUAAUCAUAUAAACAGUGAAGCCCUGUUACAACUCCAUCCAGGACUUAUAAAUGGAUAUGCAAGCAAAGCAGUCAUAGUUUUAGUUCAAAUCUAUGGCAGCAUAUUAUAUAACUGCACAAAUAUUGAUUUACUAUUACAAUUAAAAAUGGAUCAUGAACCAUGAAGAAUGACUCAGGCUUAACAGAAUGUACAUGUGGGAGUCAUGACCACAGUCUAAGGUUAUGAGGCUGGUUUUCUUGACAGUUGAAUCCCAUUCUUCUGUGCUCUGACUCUAUCCCAUCAUAGGUAAAAAUUCAGUAAGUUAAGGGAUGGCACCAUCUCACAAAGAACCUCAGAAUUAGGAAAAUCUAUACGGUUUCUUUAAAUGUGAGAAAUUGUUGGUAGCAGUUAUGCAGCACAGUGUGUCACAUGUCAUUAAUGUCAUUGUGAAUUAAUAAAAACCUU